UCUCCGUCUACAUCUUCUGAUCUCGUUUAUCAUUUUUGUUUUCUCCUUAAUUCACAAUUAAUUGUGUUUAACGCAAAAUCAUUCCGGACCGGCUGAACCAGUGGUUUCCGGCCAGAACUAUUCCGUAGCAAGAAUGGUGAAGUUCUCAAAGGAGCUGGAGGCUCAGCUUAUACCGGAAUGGAAGGAUGCUUUUGUGAACUACUGGAACUUGAAGAAACAUGUAAAAAGGAUCAAGCUUUCAAGACGAGCCAAAUCGGUUCAAGAUGGCCAUGAUUUUGGCCGGUCUAUUUUCGAUCCGGUUCGGGCUCUGGUCCAGAAGCUCUCUGGGAGGGACGGGGACGCCGGCGUCGAAAAGCCGGAAAGUUCUCAGGCGAAUAACCAAAGUAAAGGAGAAGAGAGUAGUGAUGGAGAACAAGAAAACUAUCCAGAAAUACGUGAGAAUGAAAAUGAGCUUGUUCAGUUAUUCUCCGAGGAAGAUGAGGUCAAUGUAUUUUUCGAAAAAUUGGAUGAAGAGCUUAAAAAAGUAAAUGAAUUUUACAAGAAUAAGGAGAGUGAGUUUCUUGAAAGAGGGGAGAACUUGAACAAACAGCUACAAAUUCUGUUGGAUCUGAAGCAUGUUAUCAAUGACCGUCGCCGGAAACUUCUCGGCGGUUCAAAAUCGGCUUCUCGAGGUUUCUCCCGCUCUUGCUCCUCCGCCCAAGACUCCGAUUCAUCCGAGAAUCGGAACGAAUGUUGUGUUAGUCCAACAAUGGAAGACAACACAACAUCAGAGACAGACAAUGUGAUCAGCGCACUAGAAAGGAACGGAAUAGGCUUUAUUCACACUUUGACAAAUAGGGGAAAAUCUAACAAGUGGAAGCCAAAGAUGGGAGUAAGAAUUGAGAUUCCAGCCACCACCCCAACACGGGCCAUCUCCACCAUCACAUCAAUGGUUUUGGAAGAUUUUCUCAACAACCCCAUCAAAGAAGGUGAAAGAGAAUAUGUGAAUAAUAGGAAAAUCCAAUGUGCUGAAAAGAUGAUUAGAAAGGCUUUUGUGGAACUCUACCGUGGGCUUGGAUUACUAAAAACAUACAGCUCUCUCAACAUGGUGGCUUUUGUGAAGAUCCUUAAGAAAUUUGAUAAGGUAUCUAAGCAGGAGACAUCUACAUGUUAUCUCAAGAAAGUGAAGAUGUCAUAUUUCGUUAGUUCUGAUAAGGUGGUUAGACUAAUGGAUGAAGUGGAGUCCUUAUUCACUCAGCACUUUGCUAAAAAUGAACGAAAAAAGGCAAUGAAGUUCUUGCGACCACAACGACCAAAAGAAUCUCAUAUGAUAACAUUUUUUUCUGGGUUAUUCACGGGAUGUUUUGUCACCUUAUUUGGAGUGUAUGGUAUAUUGGCACAUUUGAGUGGUAUGUUUUCCACUGGAACAGAAGUUGGCUAUGUUGAAACAGUCUACCCAGUUUUCAGCAUGUUUGCCCUAUUAAGCUUGCAUGUGUUUUUGUACGGGUGUAAUCUGUUUCUGUGGAAGAACACGCGGAUCAAUGUAAACUUUAUUUUUGAUCUACAACCAAAAACAGCCUUAAAAUACAGAGAUGCUUUCCUUAUUUGCACCUCCUUGAUGACUAUUGUUGUUGGAGCUAUGGUCGUCCAUCUCAUUCUCUUAUCCAAAGGAUUUACCUCUAAUCAAGUCGAUGUCAUUCCUGGCAUUCUCAUUUUGUGUCUUAUAGGAAUGCUUUUUUGUCCAUUCAACAUACUUUACCGCCCAACGCGCGUAUGUUUCCUUAGAGUGAUUCGAAACAUAAUUUGCUCUCCUUUUUACAAGGUUUUGAUGGUAGACUUCUUUAUGGCAGACCAACUUACUAGUCAGAUCCCCUUGUUGAGGCACAUGGAAUCCACAGCCUGCUACUUCCUUGCAGGGAGCUUCAAGACACACAAAUAUGAGACCUGCAAAUCCGGACGGAUGUACACGGAGCUUGCUUACGUCAUCUCCUUCGCGCCAUACUAUUGGCGGGCAGCCCAGUGCGCGAGGCGGUGGUUGGAUGAAGGCGACGCGAACCACCUCGCUAACUUCGGGAAGUACCUAUCGGCCAUGGUGGCCGCCGGCGCGAGGCUGACGUUCGCCGGACAACCGGAAUCGCAGCUAUGGCUGGCUAUUGUGCUGCUCACUUCAAUCAUAGCCACCACUUACCAGUUGUAUUGGGACUUUGUCAAGGAUUGGGGAUUUUUCAACCUCAAUUGCAAGAACACUUUGCUUAGGGAUGAUUUGAUUCUCAAGAAUAAAAUCAUUUACUAUUUUUCAAUUGCCCUGAAUUUUGUCUUGCGACUGGCGUGGGUGGAGACAGUGAUGCGUUUCAAUGUUGGAGUUUUUGAGUCACGCUUGCUCGACUUUUCUUUGGCUUCACUGGAGAUUAUUAGACGAGGACACUGGAACUUCUACAGGUUGGAGAAUGAACAUUUGAACAAUGUUGGAAAGUUUAGAGCAGUGAAGGCAGUGCCAUUGCCAUUUCGCGAAACAGACUCUGAUUGCUGAUAAAAGUAUUCUCAUUGUUGAAUAAACUCUAUUUUUAUUAUCCACAUGUAAAUACCAUGAAGUUGAGUUCUGGAUGUGCUAAACUGUAAAGAUCAUUAUAACACAAUCUUAGCUAUUGAAUUUUUAAAAUCUUAGACUGUAUAGUCGAUGGUGAUAUGAUUUCUGCAUGAUAUUGGAAUAUACUUUUAGAACUUUCCGUCCUUUAACAUUUCUGUGAUCCGUUUGGAGAGGCAAUAUGCUGUUGCCUGGAUGGUGAUCAUGGGGUUAACACCAACAGCACCAGGAAGUACACUGGCAUCACAGACAAAGAGCCCCUCCGCUUCCCAGCUCUCUCCAUUCUCAUCAACUGCUCCUUCCUUAGCGUUGGUCCCCAUUCUACAGCUCCCCAUUUGAUGGGCAGAAGAAUAGAUACUAAAGUCCUUCACCAUUGACUUUGGGCCCUCGGCUGCUAUUACUGUGUCUAAAAAUGCCUCCAACUCCUCUUCACUCUUUCCUUUACACUCAACUUUCUGGCCGUUACUCAGGUGUGUCCCCACCUCAACCGCUCCUGCUGCUAUUAAAAUCCUCAAUGUUUGGCGUAUCCCAACCGUUAGAUUUUCCUUAUCCAACGCAUCAAAUGUGUAGCUUAUCCUUCCUUCAGAUCUCACUUCUCCGGUCCCUUUGUCUUUGACCUGUUACAUUGCGAACAAAUGUGCAGUUCUUGAAUACUUGAGCAUUGUUUCCUUUAUGUCCAAACCAGACUUCCACGGGAGAAGUGUGGCAAACGACCCUGGCCCUAGGAUGGGAGCUUCUAUGAUGGCUCGCACAUUAGAUUCACCAUUUCCAACUUUAUGCACAGACGUAAUUAUCCCUCCCUCGUAGUUUUUCCCCUUGACCUCUGUAUUGGACUCCGGGAAGUACCCC